AAUCACACGCACACACAUACACUCGCACACACAUACAUUCGCACUGCCGCAAAACAAACCUGCGAAUCCUCCCAGGCUAAGCAUUAUUAACCGAAUGCACCCGAUUGUGGAAUACCUUAUACCCCUACAUGAUAUACGAGUGACCCAACUUACGCAAGCGCAGUGAUAAUGUUUAUGUUUUGAGAAAUUGAUUAUUGUCGAAAAAUGUGAAAUUUACAAGAGAAUAAAGGAUUUUAUCGAACUUAUAGGCGUUAAGGCUCGACGAAGAAAGUAACGGGGUGACAAUUCCAGUUUUCUUCUUCAAAUCGAAACCAGUCAAAAGCACAUACCAGUACACAUAUUGCACAGGGAUCUGUAACCUCUGAGUCUCAACAUCCAAUAACGCUGCUGUAUUGCCAAGAUGGUCAUCAUCUAAUCGUGUCAGACAUCCACAUUUAGUUGGACGUCGGAUAUCACACAAGUGGUUUGUUGAUGAAGCUUCGGGCAUAGCCAAGUGGUAUGAUGGGACGGUACUUCAACUUGUCCGUGGUGUUGAUGGUCAUGAAGGAGCUGUAUAUAACGUGCAGUAUGAUUCAGAGGAUGAUGCUAUUGAAGUGGAUCAUUUGGUUGAAGAUUUUGAAGAGAAAUCAGUGACAUUUAUAGAUGUCUAGUCAGUUGUGGUUACAGGAAGUAAUACCAUCAUAUAAUACAAUUUCCACGCGUAAGGUCUCGAUCUUCAUAGUACAACAUAAUGUAUGCCCCUGUCGACUCUGUCCAUUGUGAUCAACAAUUUGUGAGUAUCCUUUAUGUAGGCCAUUACACUGUAUCAGGGUGUCCGGAUUUUAUUAAUUGCAACUUUAUUUGAAGUGAGGUUUGACAUUAAAAUACCAUUCAGUAUAAGAAAAUUGAAAAGGGUCAUAGAUUGAUGUUAAACACAGUUCUAUGGGAGACAAGUACUUUUUAUUACUGAGUGACGUUUCAACUAGGAUUUACUAGCAUCCAUCAUGCAAUUAAUGAUGUCCAUUCUGUCAGCGACAUGCCAUUAAGAAAUGAUGGAAUACUUGUCUAAUGUCAGGAACUAAAAUGUGAUUUGGGAUAUGUUUACUAGAAUAACAGAUUUCAAGUCUUGAUGGUUUGAGUUUGUUUAUCUGGGCAACUUUUAGCCAGUUUAAUUUUCCUGUAUUUUGAUUCAUAAAGCUUGUAGCUGCGCAGUCCUGACUUAGGAAUUUGCUUCAAUAUUUGGUGUUGUGACAAAAUGGUGUCACUUUACCUUGCCCUUAAGCCAACCGAGGGAGGCAUUAGACUGUUUUGGAAUGCUGGCCACUAUGAAGAAUUUCGGCGGGUAGCCCAUAUUUUCUAUAAAGGCCUAAAGAAACAGGGGCAGCUCGAGUUAGAAAAAAAAGAUCUUACCGACAGAACCAAUAAAGUAAUUGAAUCAACCACACUUAAAGUAUACUCAGUUAAAAGAAAAGGUAGCUUCAGAUAUACAGUGAAUAUGUUUCACACAACAUCAUCCGCACUAAACAAAGCUGUUCAACACAACCUAUCCACUGGUAGUAGGGCUGACCUUAAAAAUAUCUUUGUUUCGCCUAACGCGACCGACUAACUAAAACCACCCCCGACUUUAUUUUAUUGCCCUUUUCCGCUAUCUUUUUAUUUUAUUUUGUGUGUCAACCUGAAAUAUAUCAUGAGAGUUAUUUCCCUUUACUAUGGCUAUGGUUUGAUUCAUUAUUGAAACUGGUUGAUCAAGACGAAAGCGUCAUAGGUGUCGCUUCUCAACAAAAUGGUUGCAGACGAAAGCACGUCCAUUCCCACGAAAUGAUUCUGCCUCUAUGUCUGUGGGGCGUCGUUUUAAACAUGACGAAGAUAUUUUCAAUAUCCGUUUUCGAGAAAAAUGAAGGCACAACCCGCACGAUCGUUAAAUACGUGUUGAAGGGGUUUCACACUUAGAGUUCGUGGCAAAUUGUGUGCGAAUCUCUGAGUCGUGCAUCACGAAAAAUCCCGAUGUCAUACUCAUUGAUUUGUUUGACAAUAAAAAAAGACGAAUGUUUCCCCCUCCAGAAAAUUAUCAAGCUGUCAAAUUAGCUCUUUUAAAAAAAAUCUGAAAAAAAAACCCGACCUACCGACCCUUCUCCUCGAUUGUGGGUCGGGUUUGGCGAAACACAGAUAUUUUUAAGGUCAGCCUAGUAGGCCUACGAUCAACCCAAAGAAAACCCAUUCCAAAUCACCAGUGCACAAUUGCUUAGAUAAUCUUUCUACAAAGACAGUUGCUUUACAACAUAAACCACACUCUACUCCCAUUACAUCAACGAAAGACCAACAAACUGAUACUAACCCAAGUAAGUUUUCAGUCUCCCUAUCACGUAAAAGACCAGUAGAUAGUCCUACAGAGACCAGUACCACCAAUAAUAGCCCAGCCCUGUGUAUUGAUGCUGUGACCCUAGGAGAACCAUCGUUGGAAAAUGAAAAUGUCACACCAAAAUUACUAUAUAAGCCGAUACCAAAAGCAAGAAGAUUAAGGCUUACAUCUACGGUGAGUGUUAAUACCACCAUUUUCCUCUCGAGUAAGUUAAAAACCAAUUCUGGCAGUAUGGUAAACUCCACUCAACUUACUAAUUUACAGCUAACUGUAACCAACCUGGAGUCAGACAUCUUGAGGUUAAAAAAAGAACUAAGGGAGAAGACAGAUAAAAUUACGGCCAUGAAUAUAGAAGGUGUCUCUUUAAAAGAGCGACUGUUCAAACUUGAUGAUGAUAACAAAACUUUUGCUGCUGCUUUUGAUGCCCUCACUCUAGAAAAUGAAAAUCUGAAACUGGAAAAUCAAGCAUAUAAGGAAAGCAACAAAACCAUCAAUCAACGCAAUACCAUCAAUCAACGCAAUACCCCAUGUAGUACCGACAGCCAGUCAAACUUUCAACCAGAGACCAGUCACAGCAGACCGAUAAAUCAAUUAACGUCAAGGUGCUAGAGCCGUGUUCAAAUGUCAUCAUUGGAUCCUCAAUACUGAAGAAAAUAUAUUUCCGCAGGCUUGACAGAAGUGGUAAUACUGCAGUUAGGGCAAUAUCGGGUGGUAAGAUAACUGAUGCUACAAGCCUACUUCAAAGAUGUUCCCCGUGUAGUGAAGUUAAGAAAUUAAUCUAUCUUAUCGGUUCCAACAACGUAUCACAUAAUAUGGACUUGUGCAGCUGCCAAAACGACUACAGACAGCUGAUAGAAACAAGUAGGUCAAAAUAUCCUAAUCCCGAAAUCAAUUUCAUGAAGUUACUGCCUAGGAGAUCUUCAACUUUUAAUGAGCAGUUAAAGUUACUUAAUUCAACACUUGAAGAGACAUGCAUUGAGACAAACUGUAUCUUUUUAUCAACGCAUUUUACAUGUUUUGCAAAUAACAACACAACAAAAGAAUAUCUAUAUGAAGAUGAAGCACAUUUAAAUAACAAAGGCUCUGCAAAACUAGCUACACAUCUUAAAACUGCUCUAAACCUUGAAACCAGAAUAAUAGAGAAAUAUGAUAACCAAAGACCGCAUCAACCACGUUCAAAACGUAAUGCAGGAAAUAACAUAGGUACAGUCCAACCACAAAGUCUUCAACAAUUACCAUAUUGGUUACCCCCUUUGUUCCCAGACAUGCGGUUUCCACCCCCUGGGUUUUCCCCGUCUUUUAAUAAUACCCGAACCUACAGAUACGGAUCGCCGGUAAAGAAUGCAGCUUGGGGUAAAUCUUAUCUUCAAACAGCUAUUUGAGGUUUUCUGUGUACAUGUGAAAUCUGUGAUUAUAAUAAUUCCAUCCAUUCAUGUUCAGCUAUGUGGUGUUUUACUUUAAUGCAAAGCUGUGUGUCCAUGCUCAAUCUUAAGUUUAUUUAUGUUUAUCUACAUGUGCAUUUGUAUGUACAGCUACAUGUAUUAGAUGUGUCCUUAUAAUAUUAGUGCUUUUAUGAGUUUAUUAUUUAUGGUUAUCUACAUGUGCAUUUGUAUGGACAGCUAUUAGAUGUGUCCUUAUAAUAUUAGUGCUUUUAUGAGUCUAUUAUUUAUGGUUUUAAUCUACAUGGGCAUUUGUAUGUAAAGCUAUUAGAUGUGUCCUUAUAAUAUUAGUGCUUUUAUGUGAUAUGCCCAGGCACAAUCUGUGUUUUCUUUAAUAUGUGCUAAUAAGUAGUAAAUAUUGCAAAAUGUGAAAUGAAUUGAAGAUUCAAUACAUGUCAAAUGAACUCUGGCUGCAGCUUACAUGUAUUGUAUCCGACAUGCAUCAGGUAGUGCUAGCUGCUCCAGACAAAAAAAUAGGAUACUGCAUUUAAGUAAACUGUGAUAUAAUUAAUUAUUUUCACCCCCCCCCCCCCAUGUAGGCAUACUGUUGAUCUGUUUAUGUAAUGAACACAAUCAUGAUAUUCUGUUGAAAAUACAUAUUUAUAGAUGUAUAUUACUAAUUCAUAAUCUCUAGCAAAGGAAUGUAUUACAUGUAUGCCUUAACCUUUUAAGGAGUUAAGUGUAAACUGCCAUGGUUCUGUAUCAUGUACAUGUAUGAUACACAAACGGUAUAGUACAAUGUAAACGUAUAUAAAUAAAUGCAGUGUAAAUCAAUCAUUUUAUUUCACCAGCCUCAUUAUAUUAUAAUUCCCACUUAGCAUGUUUUGUACAUAAUUGUUUUCCACUCGUGAUAUUUAUAGGUUUUUGUAUUUGUAAGUUUUUUGUAGUUUGUACGUUUUCACUCUCAUUACUUUAGUGUCUAGUUAUUUGUGCUAGAGGUUGUUUUUUAAACAGCCAUUUUCUGUCUAACUUAUUGUGUUAAUCUUGUUCAAUUGUUUUACAUCAAGUACUUGUGUGGGUACAUAUAUUUCAUUUUUGGUUUCCCAUGCUUUGUAUUUAUGGUCUGUCUUUUUGUAAAAUAUCUAUAUUUGUGUAACUUAAAGGACUGCCAUCAGGCUUUAACCCAUAUGCAUGCUGUAACUUUAAGAUAUAUAUGUACUGGAGUGAAUGCAUCUAGGCCUCUCUUAAGUUAUCAACCUAUUGUUUUGUUUUGCAAAUAGCUUUAGUAUAGUUCGAGUUAUUUCCCCUUGAUGUUUAACUUCUUAAAACAAAGAGGAAUUCACUGCGGUCACCUAAAUGUUUGUCACAUAAUUAAUAAGCUUGAUGAACUUAAAGAGUUAAUCAGAAAUUUUGAUAUAUUUGGUUUUUCUGAAACCCAUUUGAAUGCCUCUGUGAAUGAUGAAUACAUUAGUAUUCCUGGCUUCCAUGCACCGUUUUGUAAAGACGGCUGUAGCAAUAGUUCAUCAGGUACGCUUUUAUAUGUUAGAGAUACGCUCAAUUGUAUUAGAAGAAACAAUCUUGAACACCCCGAUAUAGAGUCAAUCUGGCUUGAAAUAAAACUGAAAAAUACGACCCUUAUUUUCCUAUGCUGCGUUUAUCGCAAUCCGGCCUCGCGCUGUAACUGGCUUGAAAACUUUAAACAAAUGAUUGAACUACCUUGGAACUCUGGGUCUGAAAUAAUAAUGUUUGGUGAUUUGAAUAUUGAUAUUUUAAAUCAUAAUAAUUGCUACUGGCUAGAUGUACUGGAUUUAUAUAACCUCAAACAAAUUAUUACUUCUCCGACAAGAGUCACAAGUCACUCAUCUACCUUAUUUGAUUAUGUCAUCGUGUCCUCACCUAAUAAUAUUAUUGAAACUAGUGUUCCUUCAUAUUCCAUAUCGGAUCAUUAUCCAACAUGUUUUACAUGGAACAAAAAGGGCAUAAAAAUCCCCAAAACUAAUCAUAUUUAUAUUACAUAUCGAUCUUUUAAAUAUUUUUCUGAACCUGAUUAUAUAAAUGAUUUACAACUCGCCCCAUUUGAUAAUGUUUAUAGCACAAAUGAUCCCAAUAAAGCCCUGGAGUUAUGGUAUAAUACUAUAAUUCCGGUUAUAAAUAAACAUGCUCCACAGAAAACCAAACGUGUUAGGAAUGCUACGAAGCAGCCCUGGCUUAAAGAAAUUUUUAAUAUGAUGCGUCAACGCGAUUACCAUAAAAAGAAGGGAAAUAUUACUCAAGUCUAAAAUGUAUAGAAAUUUGUUAAAGAGUAUGAUUCGGAGAGCAAAAGCUAUAUAUUUUCAAAGUCUUGUCUCUAAUAAUAAAAAUUCUAAAACUAUAUGGAAUGCCAUAAACACAACUUUAAAUAGAAACAAUAAUAAUUCACAAACAAUCCCCAUUGAUUCGGAAGAUUUUAAUACUUAUUUUACAGAAAUUGCCAGUAAUUUACUCGGUAGUAGUACAGCAAUUGAUAAUAUCGAUAGGACAAAAAUUUCUGACUUUGUUAAUAAUCAUGUGCCUUGCUCAAGCAACAGAAGUUAAUAAGUCCCUAAAAGCUCUAGAUAUCACAAAAGCCGUUGGACUAGACUCGGUUAAUGCCCUAUUUCUUCAAAAAGGUGCACACAUAAUCUCUGAAAGCCUAACCUAUAUUUAUAAUAUUUGUAUUGAUCAGAAUGUUUUCCCUACUGUUUUAAAAACUGCUAAAGUUUUACCUUGGGGACACAUCAACUGAUUUCUACAAUACAGAAAUGUGGAAGCUUACAUAUUAACGGCAACGAAGCCUAAUUGCGUCGAAGUGGGUGACAUUGAACAGUGUAGUAUGGUAGCUACAGCUCUCGGGCACCGUCAGCUGCACCUUCAGGGCCAGAUUUAGAAUAAGAGAGGCCCUAGGCAAACCCCCUGAACAGGGCUCACGACAUGGACCUUGGGGCCCUGGGACAAGCAACUCGGUGAGAGGGUGGGUCGGGGGAAGUCAUGCGGUUGGUGAUUCGAAUCUCACUUUUAGGUGAAUUUUUCAUUUUCGUUGGAUUAUUUUAUUUAAAAUAAUGACUAUUUGAGAGUAAUGGAUAUGUUUGUUAAGAUUGAGCACGUCGAAACUCCAAUGGAAGGUCGUGGACAACUGCCGAAGUCAAUUCCCGUUGACGCCAGAUGAGCCAUGAACGAUUACAGGCCUUUGAAAGUAUUUUUUUUCAAGAUAUUUUUAUAAAACAGAUACUAAUGUAUUUUAGGGCUGGUAGUAAACACCAUAUGAAUGAAAAGGAAAUAAAUUGUUAGUUUUUUUUUUUAUCUACUACGGUUAAUUAUCUCCAAAAUAGGGAAAUUACAGGUUAAUUUCAUGGGUUAUUGUUUCCUUUACCUAGUUUUUGUCAAGUCGAUUCCGGUCAUUUUUAUUUUUUAUAUCAAAUGUUUGGAGGUUGCUUGUUCACGUGAGCAUAAAUUUUUUAAACCCACCCCAUGAAAGAAGUAGCUAUAGGGCGUCAAACUUUGGGUGACGAAAAAUGGGGAAUUUAGACAGGCUUUGAUAUCCAGUCCGUAUACAGAUCUCGUUCGCCAGAAUCGUCUGAAGUUAAUAUUGUGGUAACAGCACUGAGUCAUCGAUAAACUGUGUGAGUUUGGUCUUUCUGCUACGUAUAGUAAAGGUGUAAGGACUUGCCAAAGUUGGUGUUUGAGAAAAGACAGAUUUUGGCAAUUUCACCAUAUGAAAAAUGUUUUUUCAAUUUUCUCAUACAGGAAUUGAAAGAUUUAUCUAAUAUUGCACAUUUAUGUGUUUUGGGACUAUCCCAACUUAUAAACCAAAUUUGGUCAAAAUCUGUGAUUGAAGCCUUAGCACCUUCUGCAUGGUUUUCUCGCAGACACGCUCUUAAUAUUCUUUUGUAAAUAUUGCUCUUCUGUUUUCAAAUUUCAUUGUUCACUUCUUUAACUUCUGUUAUAAAGGGCAAAAUGUAAGACAGGCCUCCUGGCCUAAUUUUCAACCCUUUGAAAAUAAAGUUAUUAUUAUUAUUAUUAUUAAUUAGUAUUAGUAGGCCGAGAUCAUGACCAGUGCUUGAAAUGAGGAUUCUUCUACAACGGCACCAAAAAAUUAUAAAUGCCGUAGCAAAAAUUAGCUGACAAGGCACGGCUGCCUUUUUUCAUAUUGAACAAAUAUACUGUAACAGUUGUCAUUUUCCGUCACUGAACGUGCAAUUUUUAUAUUUGUAGAUAGACAAACGGUCCGUGCAAUGAUUUUCCGUGUCAAUUAAUCUGGUUCUAAUUGCGUUUGGUUGUACGGUCAUAAGUAUAAAAUUUACAGAUUCCUCUUGGAGUAAUAAAGUCAUCGACAUUUGUUUUCCUUUCGAUCCUUUAGUUAUUCGUGUUCCCAAUGGUUGCCAUCAUGUCAACCAUAACUAAAAUUGAUUCAUCAAAUUUCCCACGGCUCUGCCAUAACCUUCUAUAAUAAGGGCACUAUUUUAGAAAGUGAGCAUUCUUAUGAAAAAAAUGAACUAUAAGGAUAGGCUUGGGACACUAUUUUCAACUAAAUCUUGCAUUCCUGAAUUAUUGACCUAAUCCCAAGCCCAGCCGCCCCUGAACGACUGUAUGAUAUAUUGAAAAGUUAUUACCUAUGCAUUUCAUACGUCUACAUGUAUAUAAAAGGCAUAAUUUUUUGAUACGUGUACACGUGGACAACAGCGCAAUUUGGGCUAUUUUUAUUACCGUGGCAGUCCGUGUUUGCUUCAUCUUUUAAUUUUUACGACAGUUUUGCCGUUAUGCCGUGGUAAAUUCUAGCAUAGGCGGUAUGAUUGAGAUUAUAAUUUAUAAAAUGUUAUUAAAUGUUCAUUACAAUAUAAAUCCUUAAAUUUGUCGGCGUUCGUAGAAUGUUUCAUCGCUACCACUUGAUUAUGAUAGCUUCUGUCUUGUCAGUGUCACGUGACAUUUUCCCCGCUUUUCUAUCGAUAGAGUUGAAAAGAUCUAAUAAAGCAUUGAGUCUUGUAUCACACACACGGCAAAUAAAUAAUAGGGCCGAGUGCCAUUUUAAGUAAGAGACGUGAGAGAAUGCUUUGUUCACCAUUUGAAUAAUAUUUUAUGAAAAGAUUUAUUGGCUGCCGAGUCAUUUUGAACAGAUAUCGGCUACAGAAAUAUCGGUAAAAUUUCUUCUGAUAGGCCACUCAUCGGCCAAUUAGGCUACUGAAUAGUGAAACCGAUAAUCGGACCAUCACUAAAAAUAAAUUUAAAAUGAUCGCCUUCAAAUUAUAGUCUCAUGAUUUCGAUUCGUUUAAAGAAUUCCGUUCGUAAUAUGCACCAUGCCAGAUUUCAACUUACGCCAAUGUAGGUCAUUUCCUGUUUCACCAUAGAACUGUGGUUUCACUGUGCUGUUUUGUUGGUUGUAGACGAAGAUUUUUGUGAAAUCUCUUAAAAUAGACAGCAAAAAAUAUUUUUUCGGAACAUAGAUGGAUAUGAUAUGUAAGUUUAAUGUGUUAGCAGUGCAGAUAACUGAAAAUUGUGAAUUUUGCCGUCCGCUGAAAGAAGUAAACUAGUUAUCCACUUUUGCGACGAAUUUUUGACCCGGGAUGUAGUCAUAACGGACCUAUGCCAUAACGGCCAAAAACAGGUUUGGUCAAAACGGCCAUAUUUUAGACAUAACGGCCAAACAGUUUGGUCAUAACGGCCAAAAGAUUUGGUCAUAACGGCCAAACAUUGUAAUUUAAUGAAAAACAAUAUGAUAAUAUUAUGGACAGGUUGAUUUAAGAGAAUUAUUUACAUUUAAUGGGUUGAAAAUUGGUAAAAACAUACAAUACAAACAUCUGUUUAUAUCAAAAGUCUCCAUAGUGGUCAUAACGGUCAUAACGGCCAAAAGAUUUGGUCAUAACGGCCAAACAUUGUAAUUUAAUGAAAAACAAUAUGAUAAUAUUAUGGACAGGUUGAUUUAAGAGAAUUAUUUACAUUUAAUGGGUUGAAAAUUGGUAAAAACAUACAAUACAAACAUCUGUUUAUAUCAAAAGUCUCCAUAGUGGUUAACACACAAAAUACAAAGUCCUUGUAUAAAGCAUACUUAUAAAAUCGCUGAUGUUGGCUCACUGAUGUUGGCCGCCAUCAAUGCGGAUAGAAAAAAAAACGUAGAUUUCAUAAGCCAUUUCAUAAUCUCCCUUGAUCACUUUGAAAAAUCUUGUGAGACUCUAGAUUGACUUCAAAUUGAUACACAGAGUUUAGGUCUUGAGAUGAACAAGUAUAUUGAUUUUCAAUGAAUUUUGAUAACUGAACAGCUAAAUCCAUGAUAUAAAAUGUUUUGUGUAUACUAAAUGUUAGCAUGAUGGGGCAGAACUUUAUAAAAACAAAAUGGUUUUCUGAUAAUUACUUUAUGAGUUGUUACUCUUAAUCAGAUUUUAGUGUAUUAUAAAUGUUUCAUUAUCGAAAAAAGUAAAAAUAUGCGGUCUGAGCAAAUAUUACUUAUCUUUGAUAAAAUAACAAUUGACUUUUAUCAUUUGACAAAAAUAACAAUUCACUCUUCAGACAAAGGAAAGAGGUGAGUACUAAUUAAUCAACUGAUUGAAUAAUACCUAAUUAGGUACUUCACACCCUCUGAUGAGUGAUUAGGUAAUAAAGGUAAGACUUAUUUUGUGUUUAUAACAAUUUUCAAGUGUAAAUAAUUUAAUUAAACCAUCCUGUAUUGGACGUUAAAUCUUUAAUAAACAACAACAACCAAUCCAUUCAGUUUGGGUUUUUUUCAUGUAUUAAAUUAAUGUUUAGCUAAUGUAUGUAUUUAUAGUAUCUGUUAGGCAAUAUUUGUGUGAAUAAAUAUCAUUUCCUGCAUGUAAAAAAUUGUUUAUAUUUUCUUGGCGGUUAUGACCAAAUUGUUUGGCCGUUUCGACUAAAUAUUUUGGCCGUUUCGACCAAAUCUUUUGGCCGUUAUGGUUUAGGGCCAUUAUGUCUAUAACCCUUUGACCCUUCGGAUGUUAGAUGUUACGUCCUCAGAAUAUCAAAGAGUAACACCUAACUUGUUGGAUUACACACACGGGUAAUCCCAUAUGGACACUAUAUUGGCCCCAAAUGUACAAAAACAGAGUUGUUAAUGUGGGAAAUCCCAUAUAGAUCCCAUAUUGGCCCCAGAUACACACACUAUACGGUCAGAUUAUCAAUGUAAAAAAGAAGUAACCAUUAUAUCAUUUGGCUUGUAUAAUAAUAUAUAAAGUGUAUUUGCGUACAUUUGUAUGUGGUAAGAUAAUAUGGGUCCUAUAUGGGGACCUUGUGGUAUCACCUGGGCCCACAGCCCAUUUUUUCCCCAUAUGGUCCCCAUGUGGCAAUGUUUAUGGGGGGACAGAGAACAAGCUCAAAAAAAGAAGUGAUUUUUCGUACAAUCAGGGGCAAUAUUUCAGGAAGAAACGAUUCGAUAUGCACGAAUAUCGAAAGUAACCGAGAUCUUUGGGUUAUAAACUUACAUUUCAAGUUCCAUCAAAAUCAGAAGAAAAUUGUGACCUUUAGAGAGUCCACCACCUUUGAUAUAUCAUAUUUUUACGCUACUUGGGAACGAUUUUCACGAAAAUUGAACUCAACCAUCCUUAGGGUAUAACGGUGAUAUAUUAAAACGUUUUUUUAAAUCGAAUAAAAAUUAUGACCUCUAUAUAGGGUCCACAAGUUAAAAACGCGAUUUUUCGUACAAUAGGGGCCAU